AUGUCCACCGUAGCCGAAACCCUAGGAGAUAUGUUCGCCUCACUGCCACCAUCACCCGCAUGGGCCCCCUUUUGGAGUAGUCUGUUCGAAGGCGCCCUAUCUGCUUUGUCGGUCUGGCUCUUUGCUCUAUUAGGCUUCACGAGUGCCUAUAAUAUGCAGUUGGGCUGUUCGCUAGCACUCCAUCUCGCCUUUUUUCUUAUUACGGUUUUGUUUGGUCGUCGAGAUGGAUGGCAAAGAGAGGAUACCACAGAAUGCCUUGGGCGGAUGAUUAUUGUUGCUAUGUUUGGGGUGUAUAUCUAUCAAUACUUUUAUGGACAGCGGCGAACGCGAAUUGAAGGAAGGGCUGGUAACAAUGAGAAGUAG